GCGCCGCCGACGCCGCCGGGGACCCGCACGGUGCCCCCCCCCCCCCCACUCUCAUCCCGCCAAAAGGAGGCGCGGCCGGCCUGCAGGUUCGCAGUAUUCCCGAUCAGUCAGUCUGAUCAGAAGAAUUCGAUGUUUCUAAACGGUCAGAUAACCGCCUGAAUCGUUCAUGGAGCUGCCUUGAACCAGAACCUCCAAAAUGGCCCCAGACUGGACCACCUACAGGUCUGCCAGCCUUCACGAGUUUUUCAUCAGCAUGUCUGAAACCGUCAAGUACAACGACGACGAUCACAAGACGCUGUUCCUGAAGACCCUGAACGAACAACGGCUGGAGGGGGAGUUCUGCGACAUCGCCAUCGUGGUGGAAGACGUGAAGUUCCGGGCUCACCGUUGCGUGCUGGCGGCCUGCAGCACCUACUUCAAGAAGCUGUUCAAGAAGCUGGAGGUGGACAGCUCGUCGGUCAUCGAGAUCGACUUCCUGCGCUCGGACAUCUUCGAGGAGGUGCUGAACUACAUGUACACGGCCAAGAUCUCGGUGAAGAAGGAGGACGUCAACCUGAUGAUGUCGUCGGGCCAGAUCCUGGGCAUCCGCUUCCUGGACCGGCUGUGCUCGCAGAAGCGGGACGUGUCGAGCCCCGAGGAGCACGGCGCCGCGCCGAAGGGCAAGUACUGCCUGAAGCUGAACCGGCCGGUCGGGGAGCCCGCCGACCCCCCGGACGACGAGGUGGAGGAGAUCGGCGACCCGGACGACAGCCCCUCGGACGACACGGCCGAGGGCACCCCGCCCAGCCAGGAGGACGGCAAGUCGCCCACGGCCACCCUGCGGGUGCAGGAGGCCAUCCUGAAGGAGCUGGGCAGCGAGGAGGUGCGCAAGGUCAACUGCUACGGCCAGGAGGUGGAGGCCGCGGAGGCGGCCGACGCGAAGGACCCGGGCUCGCAGACGCCCCAGGCCCUGGCCUUCGGCGACGGCGUGGGCGAGGUGAAGGACGAGCAGCCGCCCGGCUGGCCGGCGGCGCCCGGCGACCUGAAGUUCGAGUACCUCCUGUACGGGCACCGGGAGCAGGUGGGCUGCCGGGCCUGCGGCAAGACCUUCUCGGACGAGGCCCGCCUGCGCAAGCACGAGAAGCUGCACACGGCCGACCGGCCCUUCGUCUGCGAGAUGUGCGCCAAGGGCUUCACCACCCAGGCCCACCUCAAGGAGCACCUGAAGAUCCACACGGGCUACAAGCCGUACAGCUGCGAGGUGUGCGGCAAGUCCUUCAUCCGCGCCCCGGACCUGAAGAAGCACGAGCGGGUCCACAGCAACGAGCGGCCCUUCGCCUGCCACAUGUGCGACAAGGCCUUCAAGCACAAGUCGCACCUCAAGGACCACGAGAGGCGGCACCGCGGCGAGAAGCCCUUCGUCUGCGCCUCCUGCACCAAGGCCUUCGCCAAGGCCUCGGACCUCAAGCGCCACGAGAACAACAUGCACGGCGAGAGGAAGCAGGGCCCCGCCGGCGCCGGCCAGAGCGAGACGGAACAGUUGCAGGCGGCCGCCAUGGCCGCCGAGGCCGAGCAGCAGCUGGAGACCAUCGCCUGCAGCUAGGGAGGGGCGCGGGUCGGGCCCGGGAGCCGGCCCGGUCGCCCGGGUUUGGGGGGAGCG